UUUCAAGGGGGAAAGCAGCUAAAAGAGAAAGUCGAUUCUCCAACGGAUUGACGCCAAGCACAAGUUACGUUGCAAUUGUCAAUCAUCCACUUUCCAAAACAAGCAACAUUCCAGUUUAAAAUAAAUAUAAAUAUACAACAAUAGAGAAAAGGGAAAGCUAAAUACACUAUCGGGCACAUACAUGGAUCAUUCAGCUCGUAAAGAAAUUAAGAGUCUUAACAAGAGAAAUAUCGAUAUGAGAGUUUGAAAAACAUUAGUUGAGAUAGAGCGUGGUUAGGUUACUUAACUGACGUAGUCUGAUUGAAGAGUUCCAUUAUCAUCAUAUUUCUUAUUAUCGUCAUGCAAGUUCGAGUCCAGAGAGCAUAAUGGUCAGGAGUGUCUGAGUGUGUGUGCAAACAUACUGCUUUGAUAAAAGUUUUCUGCAGGUCAAAGUCAAAUCACUCGAGCAGUAUUAAAUUAACGUGAGUUUAGUAAGUAAAGUGCAAUGAGUGCAUGUAGUAUAUGAUGAUGAUGAUAAAUCAACUCAACUUAUGAUAUAAUAAUAUAACAUCCACGCUAAUUAACUAUCUGUUUGUUAGCCCCUAAACAUCAUUGCCACCCGUUUAAUUUUAGUGGUCUUAAAACCAAUUUGGUCUAAUCAGCAUAUAACCAGGUUCAGUAAGAUUGAUUAUAGAAUAAUAUCACUUAUAACUAAAUCCGACUAAAUAAUUCUUUAGUUUAGUCAGAUUUCAUCCAAAUAUGAACUGGAUUGCUCUUUUCAUUCAUUUGGCCGGUGCAGCCAAUUUUGGCUAUGCGUUGUAUUAUGACCUCAAGUUUGUCCACGUACCACCGCAUUUGAAGAACAAAGGGGAUUUCGACUCAAUGUCUGCUUUUCCAGGAAAAUGGAAAUACUUGACGAUUUGGAAUAUGGUGUUGCAAUUCGUGUACCACAUGUUUGCGCUCAUCGUCAACGAUUUUGCUGGGACUUCGGAACUAAACCCUAAACGUCAAAGCUCUUUACAAAAAUUUCGUGACUACAUAUUUGCAAGUUGGGUCUUCCCUGCAGGCAUGUUUGUAAGCGUAAUAUUCUGGGGGAUAUACGCAGUGGAUCGUGAAUUAAUGUUUCCAAAAGUGUUAGAUUCUUUCUAUCCGACCUGGCUAAACCAUAGUACUCACACCUUGCCUGUGGUGUUCAUAUUAAUUGAGAGUAUUUCCGUUGCCAUAAUUUACCCCAAGGGAAUUAUUGGGCCUUUGCUCACCGUAUCAGGAAUCUGCACUUACCUUUUAUGGAUCUGUUGGGUUAAUCAUGUGAGUGGAGUCUGGGCGUAUCCUAUCUUGCAAAUUUUGAACAAUUACCAAAGGGCAGCAUUUAUGGGUGGUUGUGCAGUGGCAAUCCUGGCCUGUUUCUUUACUGGGGAAUUCAUUAAUAAGUGGCGGUGGGGAAAAGGUGCCCAUGAAGUGAAAACAGCCAAAGGAGGAAAGUCGACAAAAGGAAAGAAGAAAGUCAAGUAACUUUAGACACCUAUUUAGCAAAUCGUGCUAUUUUAUUCCGUGAGUAUUCAGCUCAAGUAGUAUCUCUGUAAAACGGACUAAGCUAUUGUGUUGUGAUUUGUCAAUUUACUGUAAUUUUUAAGCCAAUACGAAUGAUAUACAUAGUUUGCAAAAUUUUCAGGGUUUGUAAAAUAUAAAAUACGGAUUUAAGUACAUUCCAAUCUGGAAAAUACAUUUCUUAUAACAUUGACUUUGAAUUCGAAUAGGACAAAAUAAAUGUGCAAUAAAGGGUAUCUUCAUUGGAAGAUGGUUGAACUACAUGUGGCAUUACAUACAUUAAUGUUUCGUAGUAUAAUAAAUUGUGAAGAUGAUUAGAUCUGGAAUGAGCGUACAAAUUGUAUUUGGUCAACGUAUGUAUGUAUUUUGUAAUAAUUUACAAUAAAGUUUUAUCAAUUCA